AUGGGAGAUGAUGAAAUGGAGUGUUUUGGCCCAGCGGCCAUUUACCUCCGGAAGCCAGAAAGAGAGACAAUCGAGGCUCAAAACAACCCCUUUGAUGCCAAAACGGCAUUCUUCGUGGCAGAGCCAAAGAACAUGUACUUCAAGGGUACUCUUGUUAGUAGAGAGGGUGGCAAAGUUACUGUCAAAACUCUGUGUGGGAAAACACUCACGGUAAAAGAAGCUGAAAUCUUCCCCAUGAAUCCUCCCAAGUUUGACAAAAUUGAGGACAUGGCCAUGAUGACCCACCUCAAUGAGACUGCUGUGCUGUAUAACCUCAAAGAGCGUUACGCAGCAUGGAUGAUCUACACCUACUCUGGCUUGUUCUGCGCCACUGUCAAUCCCUACAAGUGGCUCCCAGUGUACGACUCAGUUGUUGUGGCUGGAUACAGAGGCAAAAAGAGGAUUGAAGCCCCACCUCACAUCUUCUCCAUCUCCGACAACACCUACCAGUUCAUGCUCACUGACAGUGAGAAUCAGUCUAUCCUGAUUACUGGAGAAUCUGGUGCAGGAAAGACUGUCAACACCAAACGUGUGAUCCAGUACUUUGCAACAAUCGCUGUGUCUGGACCGAAGAAGGCAGAACCUGUCCCUGGCAAAAUGCAGGGGUCGCUAGAGGAUCAAAUCAUUGCAGCCAACCCUCUGCUGGAGGCUUAUGGAAAUGCCAAGACUGUAAGGAAUGACAACUCCUCUCGUUUUGGUAAAUUCAUCAGGAUUCACUUUGCGACCACUGGGAAACUGGCCUCAGCUGAUAUUGAAACUUAUCUGCUUGAAAAGUCUCGCGUGACAUUCCAGCUGUCUGCUGAGAGGAGUUACCACAUCUUCUACCAGCUCAUGACUGGACACAAGCCAGAGCUGCUCGAGGCCCUGCUCAUCACCACCAACCCUUAUGACUAUCCAAUGAUCAGCCAGGGUGAAAUCUCUGUCAAGAGUAUCAAUGAUGUCGAGGAGUUCAUUGCCGCAGAUGAUGCCCAACUGCACCUUGAUGAAGCUCUCAGAGGACAGGAAGACAUGAAGGAGCAGGUGGCCAUGGUGGAGCGCAGGAAUAGGAGUGAUCACACUAGCCAAAAUAACCAGACUCUGGGGGUGCUCGGGCAUGGUUCAGAUCGCAUAGUGCAUGAGUUGGAGGCUGAAGUUGAAGCUGAACAGAGACGUGGUGCAGACGCUGUGAAAGGAGUGCGCAAAUAUUAA